AUGCACGAGCACAUCAAAGGCCAUUUAGAACGCCUUGCCUAUUAUUGCCUACCCGCGGAUCCUUUUAAUAAGAACCAACAUGAUGGUUUACGGGAAACCGCGGAUAGCGAUAGCCAAGCCGUACGGAAUGACGAAAAUUCGCAAGUUUUCUCGGAAACAUCGUUGCAAUGGCCUGAUGACACUAAUGUCCAGGGAUCGCCAAGUCCAGAGGAGUAUACGGCCACACACAAAUUUGAGGAUAUCCGUCUACAAUUUCAGCCAGUUCAACUAGGACGCGAGUCAGCCGAGGCCUGGCUUAAGGCAGUUACACCUGAUGCAUCAGGAGCACCUGAAAGCUCUUUCUCGCAAACGCUUCCGCUGCGUUUCAGCGAGUAUUCUCAGAUUCCCGAGUAUGUCGAAAAUCUUAGCUGGGGCGAGCCCAGUUUUCAGACAUCGACAUUUCGGAACAGCCAUUUCAACGUGGCUCACUAUAAUAGCCCCAACUUUCAGCCAGAGGAAUAUCGCCCUGAAGGUGACGACACCCGGAAUCGAACAACAGCAACCCAGGUGGACCAUUUGGAAAUAGAGAAAAUACCAGACAUUGUCACGGAUGCAGAGGAAACGCAGCGACUAGACAGCCUACUGUUGAAGGCUGUAGUUGCCGGUGACACGGAUCUUACUAAACUAUUGCUGAAUAAGGGCGCAAAUGUCAGUUUUGAAGACAAGUCCGUUGGCAGUCCACUUCAUGCUGCCAUAAGCCUAGGACACCUUGAAGUUGUUCGGCUGCUGCUGGCACGCGGCGCAGAUCCCGAUGAUGGUGAUUGGGACAGGCCUGGUUCUGACAUUCUGGGGGUCGCAUCAGCAAGAGGCGACCAAGAGAUUGUGCAGUUACUGUUGCAACACGGUGCCAAAGCAAACAGUGCGAGUUACACGUAUGGAUCUGCCCUCCAAGCUGCUGCAUCUAAAGGCCACCACGAAGUGGUAAGUCUGCUGCUACGCAACGGUCACGAUCCCCAAUACUUCAGCUCUUUGCCACCCAACACAGCCCUUCGCGCGGCUGUUGAGGGGGGCCACAAGGAAACGGUCAAGGUGCUGCUGGCAUCUGGCGCCGCCAUCAACGACAUGAUGUUUGACGGCACAAUCGGUAGCGUCCUUGAGGUUGCCUCGCACUACGGUCACCGAGAAAUUGUGCAAAUGCUACUAGACCAUGGUGCAGAUAUCGAUGCAAAGAGCAUAAGACAUGGGGGCGCUUUCCGAGCUGCGGUCAUUCGAGGUCACCAGGAAAUAGUACAGCUGUUACUACACCGGGAAGCGACCAUCGAUUUCAAAAGUGAUGGAUUUGCCAACAUGAUCCGCGCUGCAUCAGCACUGGGCCAUCAAGCAGUUGUUCAGCUAUUGCUGGAUAAAAGUGAGGAAGUGACAGGGGAAAUGGCCGAGGAAAGUCUCAUUGGUGCCACUGGAAUGGGCAAAUUACUUGCAUGGCGCUCUCCAUUAUCUGGAGUUGAAUCCAGGGAAUGGCACUCAAAUGAAGAGCAUAUCCUGCAUCAAGACAAAGACUCAUUAACCGCUGAAAACCAGCAACCUUACAAGUGCCACACGUGUGGAAAGGGGUUUGGAAGAGAAGAUUAUCUUGCGUAUGUAAUUGAGUCGUUCAGUUUACUCCCCAAGAAUCACCACGCUGACAAGUGUUUAGGAGGCACACCAGAAUUCACGAAAAACCUUGCAAAUGUCCUGUUGAAGGCUGUGCUGCGAGCACAGCCGAAAUAA